AUGGCAGCGGGCGACGGAUUAUUGGGUAAUCAGUCGCUGGUUAACGGGGGUUACGUCACCGCACAUAAUAUGCGAUGCCGCGGAACAUUUUCGAUGCUCUACCACGAACCGUUCUUCGCUGCCAUGUCUGUUCUUGGCGCGGUGCAUGUGCUUUUGGCGCACUACUCCUUGAUGCUGUUACCUCCGCUUUUUAGUUAUGCACCGUUUGGCAUGUUUUUCUUCCGAAACACGUUAUGGAUGGCGGUAUUUGGUUACCCCGUACAAGGCGGCAAACCGGAACUAACCAUCCUCCAACAGUCAGGAAUUGGUCGCUCAUUUUCCGACACCAUCCGCGGCACGUGGCGUUUCCGCGAUCGUGAUGCGGCGUCACUCUUUGCCUUGACGACCUUUAUGUUGUUGCAGCUGCGAGCGUGGGCGCUUAUGGGGUUUGAACCCUUUUUGCCGUUUCUUUCCACAAGUAACUCGGUAGUAAAACUAAAUGCAAGCCUGAAUACCACAGAUAAGGAUUUACACGAUGGGGGGAGUCGUGCGGUUAAUUUUAUGCAGCCUGUAAUGUGUUUUCUCACUCUAUUCUUGCUGGUAUCCGUGGUACUAUGUAAGUUGCUUUCCAUGCGGUCCGUGUACAAGCCCGAGUUUGGUUCGUUGGUCACUUCUCCUGUUUGGAAUAUCAUUAAGCACCGUGCAUAUAAUUGGCUCCAUCCAAGAAUUAUCUUCAUGGAACGACAUUUGGUACUCCCUCUUCGUGCCUUCUACUGUUAUGAAAAGGACGUUGUUAUGGAGCGAUACGAUGGCUACAGUGCGGUAAUGGAUUGCCCCGUUGCAGCGAGUAACCACGCUUGGUUCUUUAUAGCAGUUUUUUGUUUUAUGGUCCUGCAGUGGUUAAUAUUCAUUUCUGGGUGGAGGCAGGCAAGGGUCAUGCUCAAGUGUCCUCGUAGUGAUUCGCUCGGGGAAUAUAUUUCCUCAUCUGCGUGGAACCUUCUCGUCCAUGCCCUACCGUGUCGUGAUCCCACGACCAUAGAUGUAACUGGAAAAUCAUAUUUUUGGGUGUUUAUGUUUCGGUACAUUAUUCCAACAACAACCAACCGUCUUGGUGUAUGGUUGCUUCACUAUAGUCUAAUUGCAGCAAUCAUAUCUACGUAUUGUUUUUAUCGCCAACUAGUGGCAGCGGCUAUUGGUGCGACACGCAUGGAGUUGGCAAACCGAACAGCAACCAGUGGUAAUGGCGGGCUUGUCUCCAUAUUUCCACCCUCCUUUGUUCCUUUCAAGGACACGAAUAGUGCUGCUGCCACGUGGACGCCUCCAGAGGGCCACUGUGAGGGAAUGUUAACUAUUGUGGACGAUUUGGCUGCCGGAAACGUUGCGCACCGAAAGGUCGGGUCGCAUUGCAUUUACGCUGACAGCAGGUUUUCUAUUCUUAACAUAAUCUACUUUCUGUUGGGCAUUUCUGGUCGCCGCUGGAGGGGCGCGGUGGCAGUAUCUUCUUUCAAUUCUCCGAUAAGCAGUGUAUCCCUGUUGGAAGGUCCUCUUGCUUGA